AUGUCUAUUGAAAAUCCGGGAUUUCAAUAUCCUGACACUCCUCCUCUUCGCUUUUCUUCACAAGAGCUUUCUGGCUCGACAAUUCGCGCUCCCUUAACCUCUAAACCUCAAAGUCAUAAAGGAUUGUAUCAGACGCUAAUUGCUAAUUCCACUCCUUCUUCUUCUACCCAGAAUAAUGUAUCGGCUUCUUUAUCCUCAUCCUCUUCUCGCGCAGCAAGUUAUCCUCGUCAUACAAAGCGAGCAAGGCGGACGAAAAAAUCUAAAGCAGAUCCUCCUUCCAUGGUGAAAAAGGCUCGCAUGCAUCGAAGCAAAACAACCAGUGAUUUAUCAGCUCUUGAAAAUAAGACUAUAGCUGUAUCAUCUAAGUCUACGGAUACUUUAUCAAAUUUAUUUUCUUCAGAGAAUAUACCAACAAUCGCCCAACUGAAAACCCGCAAAGCUACUCUUGAAUCUCGCUUCCAUCGCUUAUCCAAUGCACUAGGUGAAUAUUAUUUAAGUCAUAUUGAAACAGCAGAACAUCUUAUGCAUCAAAAUAAGCACAGUGUCAUUAAUCGGGAGCGACAGUUUUUCGCUGCCAAUUACGAAAAUCGGAUACGACUCUCUACAAACUCUACAAGGCUGAUCCAACGUCAGCUCCAAACAAUCUCAAAAAACUACCAGAGAUACGCUAUGCUUAUACGGCAACAUUUGCUAUACAAGACGAUGCAACGCUAUCAAAACUUAUGUGGACGUCGUCUGUAUCAUAACUUGGUUCCUAUACUUAACCCUUCUACUUUUCAGCAAGAACAUAAGCCAGCUCAACCAAUUUCAGAAUCUACAUCACCACAAGUGACCCCCAUAUACUUACCUCGAGUCCCAAGUGUCCUUUCUGAUCAACAAGCCCUAGAUGACUUGGCUCUUUGUAAUGUCUAA